AUGACAGAUACAAGACAAACAUCAACAGAAAAAUCCCUUUCCAAACAUCCAAACACCAGCAACGUCACUUCAACCAUGGAUUCAUCCAGUCCAUAUUUCGUUCAUCAUUCGGAUCAACCCGGUCACGUGCUUGUUCCAACGAAACUGAAUGGCUCCAAUUAUCCAUCAUGGAGUAAAUCCAUGAUUCAUGCCCUUACAGCCAAGAACAAAAUCGGUUUCAUUAAUGGAUCUAUUGAGCCACCUUCUGAAACAGAGCAUUCAACAGAAUAUGCACUUUGGAAUCAAUGCAACAACAUGAUUCUAUCAUGGUUUACUCAUUUGGUGGAACCUAAUCUAACCAAGGGAGUCAUUCAUGCCAAAAUGGCUCGUCAAGUGUGGGAAGAUUUCAAAGACCAAUUCUCACAGAAAAACGCACCAGCAAUUUAUCAGAUUCAAAAAUCACUGGCAUCUCUUUCACAAUGCAUGAUGGCAGUCUCGGCCUAUUUCACAAAACUCAAGUCUCUUUGGGACGAAUUAGAUACAUAUCGAUCUAUCCCUGCUUGCAACCUGAUGAAGGCGCACAUCGAACAAAGAGAAGAAGAUCGGAUGAUGCAAUUCCUCAUGGGCCUUAAUGACACUUACAGUGGCGUUCGUAGCAACAUCCUCAUGAUAACUCCACUGCCUAAUGUUCGUCAGGCCUAG